GAUCAACAUUUGCCCUCAUUUUCACAGUCUAUAUUUGAUUAAUUCUUCUCGAAACUAUGGAGACUAUUUCUUUGAAUGUGGAUUUUCGCAAAGAGAUUCCGAACCACUCCGUGUUGAGAAAGAGAAAGGGAUAUUUCUACAUACGAUACUGCCUGGAUCUCCACCUAGAUGGAGAGUCUGUAACCUUUGUCGUCAAGACGAAAGACAAAAAUGGAAACCCUUAUUCAAUUGAGAUUGUCGAUUUGGGCACCACAAUCUCCUCGGUCAUUUUAACAGGAGACUAUCCUCAAACCCGUGAAGGACUUGGCUCAGAGAUUUUGAAUUCGACAAUAACAGACAAGAACAGUUCUACUUCUACUUAUCGUAGUUACGCAACGUCAUCGAGUUCAAAUAUCGGCAUCAAUACAUCUCCUGAUGAUGCAUUAUCUCAAGUAUCUAAUUCCAUCAAUCUAGUGACGCCAACAUCAUCUUUUGUCGAUCCAUUAGAGAAUAUUGAGUGCGAUUCGAGAAAUCUAAAGUCCUUGCUAAGCCAAAACCACAAAGCUAGCAAAAAGUUAGAGGAUCCUUUUUCCUUUAAUCACUCGCAACCAAAAAGUGCUCUGUUCCAGCCAGCACGUCGGCCGCGCAAGGGAUUGGAGAGCAAGGAGGCUCUGACCUCAGAGACACCACAGGUGCCACGACCGAAAACUGUCGAUGAUAUAGGCUUACCUAUAAUCGAUGACUCUCAAGAUACCGAUGAGCUGUCAUUGCUGGUAUGGCUACUCUUAUCGCCUCCAGUACCAGAAGAAUCAAUAGUUGUGCGGUGUCGAAGGGUCUCCUUCACUAGCCCGUCCCGAUUCGAAUGACUUUAAUGGUGCUUUGUCCUGUGUGUCUAUUGUUAUUGUAUUGAUGGUUGUCUUGCCGGCUAUACAUAGUUUUCUCUGCCCCUUGGGAGUGUUAAUAAGGAAAAGAAAGACACUGUAAAUGCUUAAAAUCGGGGAGUCUGGUGGUCUAAAUUGGCUUCUUUACUUUGUUCUCCGAUAUUGACAUAUGGGCGGUAGUUGUAAGUGUUUCGGUUGAGUUGGAUAAUUGGCUUUUUGUAUCUUAUACCUCA